AUGUUCCACACUCGCUUCAGGACAGACGGCGCAGAGGGAGAGGUAGAAGACCGUCUCGCCAGCUUCCUGCCCAUCCUCUACCCCGAAUCAGCGCCGUCCUGCGUCGGACAGCCGGGCCAGCGUCUCGUCUACUCGUCCUCGCUCUUCGGAGACCUCGCCCUGGCCAUACCAGACUACUCCAACGACCAGGAGGAGCGAGAGCCGGAGGGAGAGGGAGACGGCAGACCGUCAGAGGCAGACGUCGAGAAGGCCCGCAGGCUGUUUGCUCACUAUCUAUGGGGGUCUGCCUUGCUGGUGACGGACGGGAUCGAGAGAGCUGCCCGGCGUGAGCGAGAGAACGCUGUAUCUUCAUCUAUAUCAGAAUCGACAUCAGAAUCGACAUCGACGCCGCAGGGGAAUGCGGAUGAUCUGCAGUGGAGCGUGAAGGGACAUCGCAUCCUUGAAGUCGGCGCAGGCGUCGCCCUUCCCUCCAUCACCAGCGCCCUCGCCGGUGCGGAAUCAGUCGUCGUCUCAGAUCAUCCGUCUGCGCCUGGUCUGUUUGGGCCGAUACAGUCGAAUAUCCGGAAUAACCUGCCCCAGCAUCUCGUCGAACGGGUGGCCAUUCAGCCGUAUCAAUGGGGGGUGUUCGACGAGACCACAAUCAAGGCUGAUGGCGAUGAGCUGGAGUCGAGACAUGUAUCGAAGAUGGCUCACUUUGCUGCUGCCAACAAGGGCCGGUUCAGUCGUGUCAUCUGCGCUGACUGUCUGUGGAUGCCCGCUCAGCAUGAAAACCUCAUUCAGACGCUGCUGUGGUUCUUGACUCCCUCUGAAUCGUCGUCGUCGUCAUCGUCCUCGUCAUCCUCGGGCAUGGCGUGGGUGGUGGCUGGCCUGCACACCGGUCGAGAGAUCGUAGCCAACUUCUUCCGAAAGGCAGUAGCCGCUGGACUGGUCAUUGACAAGAUAUGGGAGCGAGAUAUGAAUGCGACUGAGGAGAUGGAUCAAGCGCGAGAGUGGGGGCCUGUCCGAGAAGACGAGGGGCCAGAGAAUAGAGCUCGAUGGUGCGUCGUUGCCAUGCUGAGGCAGCCGUAG